UUUUUUUAAAAAAACGGCGUGUGUUAACAGCCGCGCGCACGCUCGUUCACGCACUGACAGGCGGCGUCCAGUGUCACGUGACACGGGAAGCGCCUCGGAGAGCGAGGCGUGUUGGCGGUUCACGGAUGUUACCAAUACCGGUGCUAGCGAGCAAACUCACACACACACGGAACAAGUGGUGGCUUUUCUUUUGCUAUUUUCAGUGAAUACCCGCCGUGGAUGUGACUUUUUCAGCCGCAGGACGAGAAUGAGGCACCGAUGGGGGCUUUAUUUUAACCGCAGGGUUCAUUGUUGCAGCUGCCAUUGUGGUGCGGUUUGGAUGAUUGAACGCGAGACGGAGUGAACACGUUCUUAUGUCUGCUUUUUAACACAGUGUCAGAGGGAGGCUCGGUAAAACGGCCAAGGGUGGGUCCACCCAAACGAGGAUUACCUCUUCACCGCCUUUGUGUCAACAGGCUGUUUGGACAAAGUUGAGGCAACAUCCAUCUUUGUGUGCUAUUGUUUCCGAGGGGUGACGGCCCAUUGACGAGGGGGACCAACCCCUACAUGAGCACAGGUCGUCCGGCUGUUUGAACACAGCGACAGGAACCGCGAUGGCCAACGACUCAAUACAAAGUGACCCGGGUGGGCUGUCUGUACUGGAGCAACUCGGUCUGGAUCAGAACUCUGACUUCUCAGACUCUAGCGUGCAGCAGCUUCUGGAUGAACAGCGUGAAAGAAUUCGUAGAGAGAUCCGCAAGGAGCUGAAGAUUAAGGAGGGAGCUGAGAACCUGCGUCGGGCGACAACGGACAAGAGGAACGCUCAACAGGUGGACAGCCAGUUGCGGAGCUCCAAUCGCAGGCUGGAUAACCUUCAUGCUCAGCUACAGGAACUGGAUGCUCACAUUGUGGUGAAGGGAGGUGAUGAGAAUAAAGAUGAAUGUCCUCAAUCUCCCGGGGCAGAGAGUCGAACAUCGGCCCACAAGGAGCGCAUCGCUGCUCUGGAGAGGCAGCUCAACAUCGAGCUCAAAGUCAAACAAGGCGUUGAGAAUAUGAUCCCCAUCUACGCCAAUGGGUCCACCAAGGACAAAAAAAUGCUGCAGACGGCCCAACAGAUGCUACAGGACAGUAAAACCAAAAUAGACAUCAUCCGUAUGCAAAUCCGAAAAGCUGUACAGGCCACUGAGCACAAUGAUGACACACAGGGUAACCAUGACCUGUGUGGGGUGGAGCUGCGCAUUGAGGAGCUGAGGCAUCACUACAGGGUGGAACAUGCUGUUGCUGAGGGGGCCAAAAAUGUGCUUCGACUCUUAGGGGCCAGCAAGGUCCAGGAUAAAAAAGCUAUUUCUGAGGCACAGUCUCGGCUGAGUGAGGCUUCUCAACGGUUAGACCUUCUGAGGGAUUCCCUGGACCAACGCUUGACUGAGCUACCAGAGGACCACCCCAAGUCCAACGUCAUUAAAGAGGAGAUGAUGCUGUCAUCCUCGCCGGCCUUCAGCUCUCGCCAUGGUGCCCCCUAUGUCCACAACCAGUACAGCACCCUCAACAAGCCUUCACCCCUUACUGGUACCCUACAGGUACAACUCCUAGGUUGCGUGGGGUUGUUGGAGGUGGUCCCGGGACGCAAUAAAGGAACAGCUGUCAUGCUACCCUGUUACAGCCCAGGUGACACACGCUCGUUCAUGAGGGGCAGCAAGGGACUGUACAGCCGAAGUGGUUCAGUCAGCGGGAAAACGCCAAGCAAGACAGAGGAGCUCUCCUCUGAGGUGAGCGCUGUGCUGAAGCUGGAUAACACAGUGGUUGGCCAGACAGCUUGGAAGACUGUGGGUGAGCAAGCGUGGGACCAGACCUUCACUGUGGAGCUAGAAAGGUCAAGGGAGAUGGAGAUUGCAGUGUACUGGAAGGACUACCGCUCACUGUGUGCCCUCAAGUACUUGAAGCUGGAGGAGUUCCUGGACAACCAGAAGCACAGAGUUCAGUUGGAGCUGGAACCACAGGGCCUACUGCUUGCAGAAGUGACCUUCUUUAACCCAGUGAUCGAGAGAGUCCCUCGCCUCCAACGGCAGAAGAAGGUCUUCUCUAAACAGCAAGGCAAGGCAUUCCUUCGAGCUCGCCAAAUGAACGUUGAUAUCGGAACUUGGGUGAGGCUUCUUCGAAACGCUAUUCCCACUGUCAACAACUCUGGAACCUACAGUCCAAACGCACACAGCCUGACGCUCAACACUGGGGACAUCUCGAUGGAGAAGUUAAGUCUGGAUAGUGACUCACCGCUAAAAGGAGAUUACAAGAAAGACAUGGAAGCACACACUCCGGACCGACUGCCAGUCAUCGAGCCCUUUACCCCCCCAGACCUCACCCCAGAGUGCCCUGUCCGAACCCCGUCUGUCAACAGUAAGCAAAGGAAAGGACCUCUGUCUCUCCAAGACUUCAGGCUGAUUGCCGUGUUAGGCCGAGGCCAUUUUGGAAAGGUUUUGUUAUCCGAGUACAAGAAGACAGGCACCAUGUUCGCCAUUAAAGCUCUAAAGAAAGGAGAUAUUAUUGCGCGCGACGAGGUCGAAAGUCUGAUGUGUGAGAAGCGCAUCUUUGAGAUCGUCAACCUGUCUCACCAUCCUUUCCUGGUCAACCUCUUUGCGUGCUUCCAGACGCCAGAGCACGUUUGUUUUGUCAUGGAGUACACGGCGGGAGGAGACCUGAUGAUGCACAUCCACACGGAUGUCUUCACAGAGCCGCGAGCUGUGUUUUAUGCUGCUUGUGUGGUCCUUGGACUUCAGUUCCUCCAUGAUCAUAAGAUUGUGUACAGAGAUCUGAAGCUCGACAACCUUCUGCUCGACACAGAUGGUUACGUGAAGAUCGCCGACUUUGGAUUGUGUAAAGAAGGCAUGGGUUAUGGGGACCGCACCAGCACCUUCUGUGGAACACCAGAGUUUUUGGCCCCUGAGGUCCUAACAGAUACGUCUUACACCAGGGCAGUCGACUGGUGGGGCCUCGGGGUCCUUAUCUAUGAGAUGUUGGUUGGAGAGUCACCUUUCCCAGGGGAUGAUGAAGAGGAGGUGUUUGACAGCAUUGUAAAUGAUGAAGUACGCUACCCCCGUUUCCUCUCAACCGAAGCCAUUGGUAUCAUGAGACGGCUGCUAAGGAGAAACCCAGAGAGGCGAUUGGGCUCUGGUGAGAAGGAUGCAGAGGAGGUGAAGAAGCAGCCAUUUUUCAGAAAUAUGGACUGGGAGGCACUGCUGCAGAGGAAGGUUCCGCCUCCCUUUGUCCCCUCCAUUGGCGGUAAGGAGGACGUCAGUAACUUCGACGAGGAGUUCACCACAGAGCAGCCCGCACUCACACCUCCACGAGAACCCCGUGUUCUCACACGCAAGGAUCAGGACAGUUUCCUGGACUUUGACUACGUUUCGGACCUCUGCUAGUAGUGGACUUUUUCCUCUUCGUGGCUCCCCCAGGAAUGUUCCAUACCGAAAGGCCUCACAGAGGGUUUUUGUGGUUCCGUAUGAUUGUUUUAUUACACUGUGAAUGAAUGUGGAAAACACUGAAAUUAGUUUUUUGUGUUUGCAUGCUUUUAAAAGAUGCAGGCUGAAGGAUAAUCUGGUAAAUUAUUUUCAGGGGGGGGGGGGUGCACACAAGUCUUAGUUGAUGUAGGUGAGAGGAGCUCUCCAUCUCCAAACUCUCGACUGUUGGAGGCUGCUCACUGCCUCUUGUACCAUUGCCUUAUAUUUGUACUCUUAUCAGAUACAUGGACAAAAACAAUGUUUUCAUGUUGUAACUCUGCAUAGAGAAGCAGGAAGAGUGAAAACACAAGACCUGCACACAUACUUUUUUAAAGAAGGAAAGUGCAGAGUGAAUUACGACUCUCUUUAUGAUGAUGAUGAUGAUGAUGAUACUGAUGUGACAUGAAGUUUGACUUGACCGCAGGGUAAACGACCACUGUCUUACUUCACUGCAAUUCUUUCUUAUUUAUGCUGUAUGAAUUUUGACGAUGUGACAGUUUUACAGCAGCACUUUGCAAACCAGACUUUGUUUUGCAAUUGGAUACAGUCGGGUAUGAUGAUUGCAAUACAAAAGUGUGUUAGUUCAUACAAACACACACCACAAACAUCAGCACAACAGCUCUGUGGUCUGCAAGUAUUUUUAUUUUUUGUUUAGUCAUUAAAAAGAACACUGAAACUUGGAUAGUCAUCA